CUCUCUCUCUCUGUAAAACACAUUUAUUCUUAAAUUAUUUUCAUAUUGCAUAUUUUUCCAAUUCUAAUUUUUGUUUUGAAAGUAUGGUAAAUACUGGUAAAAUGUACCAACAAUGACAUUGGAAAAUUUUGAUAUACCAUUGAAAUAACAGGUAGCCCAUCUGAAUUAUAUAACAAUUAGGCUAUCCAACUCAUAGUAGCCUACCAAAAUGUUAUUAUCAGUAGACGUGAAAUCUUAUUGUAGUCUUCAACUCUGGGUACUGUCUUAUGUUUUAAAAUCACUUACAGAGGAAGUUUGGUCCCAUCAGGCUAACAUGACAGUCACGACUCAUGCUGCUGUAAGCUUUUCUUUUUCAUUUGUUUUCAUUCGCGAUCUUUACAACACACAUUACAUUACAUAUUUCAUGGCACACUCGUUUUAUGCGUUUUUGGCGCCACCUAUUGUUGUGGGUGUAUUAUUGACAUGUCAAAGUCUAGACCCUGAAUAUAAGACAGUUCGGCAGAACGACACGAGCAAGAGUGCUGUUGGUUUCGUUUCUGUGUUCGAAUCCAAAUCCGCGUUGUCUUGGGCGAAUCACUGAUUCACUGAGACAUUCAUUAAAACAGUCAUUUGAUUCACUCACUCACUCCUCAACUAGCAAGACCAGUUUUACCUUGAGAUUAAAUUAAAGAGAUGGAGUUGAGGAAUGUCUAUGAAAGUGGAGGCGGAGGAGGAGAUAAAGCCAACAGUAUAUAUACAUCAUCUGUGUGCAGACCUUAAACUACCAGCUGAAGACAGACUGAGUGAACACAACAUCAUAACAGCUCAAAAAGAAGCUUAGCCUACUUUGGAAGCAAUGGCAGAUGAUAGCUUUCAACAGGAGUUUCUGGAGGCCCAUAACCAGUACAGGAAGCAGCAUCAAGCCCCAGAGCUGACGUACAGUGACGAGCUGAGCAGCGCUGCUCAGAAGUGGGCAGAUCACCUACAGAGCAAAAAAUCACUGAGCCACAGUGACACGGAAAACGGGGAGAAUGUGUAUUAUUCCUUCAGCUCUGUCAAAAAGACGCCCAAAGGGAAGGAGGCUGUAGACAGUUGGUACAGUGAGAUCAAGGAUUACGACUUUAGCUCACCAGGAUAUCAGCCCCAAACAGGGCAUUUCACCCAGGUUGUGUGGAAAUCAUCUACAGAGCUCGGAGUAGGUCUGGCUACUGAUGGAAAAACAGUUUUUGUCGUUGGUCAAUACAGACCUGCUGGAAAUAUAACCAGUGCUGGUUUAUUUGAGAAAAAUGUUCUACCUAAAACUGAAUAAUGGUGGUAUUCUUUCCUUAUUGGAUUUGUCUAUUGCUAAAUGUAAACAUGAUUUAGCAGAUGCUUUUAAUUCAAAGUGACUUACAGUAUAUCACCAUAACCAGUUUAAAUGUGAAGGACAGUCCUAUAAUACAUUGUGAUCAAAUCCCGUGUGUGUUAAUAAAAUA